AUGAUCUUCCGAAAUCCAACAGUUCGCGUUAAAUGCAGCCCAGAUGACACAGUAGGAGACUUGAAGAAGCUCAUUGCCGCUCAGACUGGUACCGAUCCCAGCAAGAUCCAACUAAAGAAAUGGUAUACGAUAUACAAAGACCAUAUCACACUCGCAGACUAUGAGAUUAAUGACGGAAUGUCGCUUGAGAUGUACUGA